AUGGCUGCCAUUACUACACCCAUAAGCUUCUUAUUCAAACCACGUUCUUAUACAGUAAAAGUACACCCAUACUCCUCCAAAACUCCCUUUCUUUUCCUCCCUACACCGUCCAAACCGUUACCAACAACAAAACUCCAGAUAACUCACAAUAACCUUUGUACAAAAGCGAUAAUAACUGCAACCAAGAAGGGAAAAAGUAGUAACGAGAGAGUUCAACAAGUUCAGAGUAUUGAAGAAUUCGACGAAGCACUUCAUACAGCGAGAGACAAGCUUGUAGUAGCCGCAAGUUAUAGUAAACAUAAUCAUAAAAUAUAUCCUUUCAUAGCAGAUUUAAGUAGAAGAUGUAAUGAUGCUGAGUUCGUCUUAGUAAUGGGUGAUGAAUCUGACAAAACAAGAGCGCUUUGUGAAAGAGAAAAAAUUGAAAAAGUUCCACAGUUUAAUUUUUACAGAAGUAUGGGGAAAAUCCAUGAAGAAAGCGGUAUAAUUGGUCGGGAUGAACUUAUGCGAGACGUAUUAUACUACGGAGACAAUCAUGCAGGUGUAAUUCGAUUACAUUCAAGAAAAGAUGUUGAAGAUCUGAUAGAAAAACAUAGAACAGAUAACAAGUUAAUUGUUCUCGACAUAGGGUUAAAAUAUUGUGGACCAUGUGUUAAGGUAUAUCCAACCGUCUUAAUGUUAUCAAGACUAAUGGGUGAUAAUGUAGUUUUCGCAAGAAUGGAUGGAGAUGAAAAUGAUAGUUGUAGGCAAUUCUUGAAAGAUAUGGAAGUUGUUAAAGCUCCAACAUUUAUGUUUGUCAGAGAUGGUGUUAUGUGUGGAAGAUAUGUUGGGUCAGGUAAAGUAGAACUUAUACGUGAAAUACUCAGAUAUCGAGGAGUUGGAGUUGCCUCUACUUGUUCAUAUCUAGCUCCCCUCUUGCGCCCAACUGGUCCCGUCAGUACCAAAGCCACCAAACUUGGGGAGUCACUCAAUGACACAAAUUUAGAAUUUGAGUUCAACAAGGAGAGAACCAAAAGAUUAUUGAUUGGGGUAUGA